CGGGCGCAGCUGGCCAAGCACCAGCGCGCCCACUCGGCGCAGCGGCCCUUCCAGUGCCCGCAGUGCCACAAGGCCUACAAGACGCCCACCGAGCUGCGCAACCACUCGCGCUCCCACACGGGCGAGAAGCCCUUCGUCUGCGCCGAGUGCGGCAAGGCCUUCAUGCAGGCCAUCUGCCUGCGCAUCCACGCCACGCAGCACAGCGGCGAGCGGCCCCACGCCUGCCCGCACUGCGCCAAGAGCUACCCCACCCUGUCCAAGCUCAAGGUGCACCAGCGCUCCCACACGGGCGAGAAGCCCUACCUGUGCGCCGAGUGCGGCAAGAGCUUCGCCGACCCCUCCGUCUACCGCAAGCACCGGCGCAACCACCAGGGCCACCGGCCCUACGCCUGCGGCCAGUGCGGCAAGACCUACACGGAGCUGAAGGACCUGAAGAACCACGAGCGCUCGCACACGGGCGAGAAGCCCUACCUGUGCUCGGACUGCGGCAAGGCCUUCUCCCGCUCGUCCUCGCUGGCCUGCCACCUGCGCAUCCACGCCCAGAGCAAGCCCUACGGCUGCGAGCAGUGCGGCAAGGGCUUCACGCAGCUCUCCUCCUACCAGAGCCACCUGCGCACCCACUCCGGCGAGAAGCCCUUCCUCUGCCCCCAGUGCGGCAAGAUGUUCUCCGACCCCUCCAGCUUCCGCCGCCACCAGAGGGCGCACUCGGGCUUCAAGCCCUACCCCUGCGACAAGUGCGCCAAGCGCUUCAGGCAGCCGGCCGACCUGGCGGUGCACCAGCGCGUGCACUCGGGCCAGCGGCCCUACAAGUGCCAGAGCUGCGACAAGGCCUUCGUGGCCUCCUGGGACCUGCGGCGCCACCUGCUGGUGCACACGGGGCUGCGGCCCUUCUCCUGCGCCGAGUGCGGCAAGGCCUUCGCCGAGCGCUCCAGCCUCAACAAGCACCGGCGCGUGCACUCCGGCGAGCGGCCCUUCAAGUGCGGCCUGUGCCUCAAGGCCUUCGUGGUGUCGCAGGCGUUCAUGUUCCUGAUAUACUUCAAGGUGCGGGUGCGCAAGUUCAACCGGAAUCCCCCGCGACUGGAAACAGGGUGUGAGGCCGCCCUGAGCGGGCUCAGUAAGAGAACAUCUCUCACCAGCAGUGUCCAGUAUCUCUGGCCCUGA